ACUCACACGUGGGUUCAGUAUUAGCCCACUGGCAGACAGUAAUGGCGGAAUCGCCACUCAUAGGAAUAUGUGACGGUGCUAUUGAUAAGAAGAAAGACACUUAUUAUUACACAAAUAAAAUUGGAGGAUGUCCGGACCUGAUACCUGGUGUAUCUAAUCCACAUCACCAGUGCACUCUUUGUGGUGGGUUCCUUAGUCAUGUUGUUCAAAUAUACUGCCCUCUUGCAACGUCUCCAUAUCACCGCACCAUUAAUGUUUUUGCCUGCACUGCUCCACAGUGUCAUGGCAAGCUGGAAAGCUGGAAAGUACUCCGUUCACAGUGUUUGGAGUCUGAGAUAAAAGAGACUUCAGAGUGUCAGAGCUCUGACAGAACAGCAGUUUCCACUACAGACUGGUGUGAUGAUGCCGAUGACUGGGGAAUGGACUCUGAGGAGAAUGUAGGCAAUGAACAGGCUCGUACAGCUCAGCCUGAGACAGAUAACCUUACAGCAAGCCUGGAAGUCAGCAGCAGACUUCAAGACCUCUGUAUAAAUGGGUCAGUGGGUGUUGAAGCUGCUGGACCACCUACAGAUACUCCUACCUUUCAGUCCUUCUACAUCAGUGUGGCGGAGGAGGCAGACCUUGUGGGCCAAAAUGACUUGGAGCAUGCCAACAGACUGCUGAAGGAGUAUGAAGAGAGAGAGGGCGUGGCCGUCAGGGAAGUUUCAUGUUUGGUUGUAUUGUUCAGCUGUGAAGGUGAUGGAGGGGAGGAGGCAUAUGAAAAAGCCAAAGCCAAACAUGGAGAUGCAGUCUUCUCCAGUUUCAUGAAGAGAAUCUCCCUCUGUCCAGAACAAGUGCUUCGAUACAGUUGGAGUGGGACGCCGUUAUUUAUAAUGGAGCCUCCUUCAAAUGUAAAUCAGAUGGUCCCUGCUUGUGCACACUGUGGCAGUCCUAGAGUUUUUGAAUUUCAGUUAAUGCCAGCACUGGUCAGUUUGCUCCACAGUGCACAUCUUAGUUCAGAGCUUGCAGUUGAGUUUGGAACGGUUUUGAUUUAUACCUGCAGAGACAGUUGUUGGACAUCUGGAUCAAGCAGUCCAGUUGAGGAAUUCCACUUUGUACAAACUGAUCCUGACCAAAAGCUCUUUAAAUAAUAGUAAUAGUUUAUAAGACAAUAAAGCAUAAAUUAACACACUGUGAUUCUUUUAUUUAUAAUAUAUUUAUAGAAAUGUUUAUUGUCAUGUGUAUAUAGAAUGUUUUGAGCAUCCCAAUAUAAUUAUCUUAUUUAAUUGUCUUAUCAGCCCACUUUACAACAAAAUAAUGUGUGUACAACAAUUUACAUACAGCGUAAAAUACACUCCUUCCUUCAAGUGAUAUAUUGUAGAAAGAAGGACUGUUGGGGAACACACAAGUAAGAUUUAGAGAACAAAAGGCGGUUAUGAAAGGAAUGAAUAACUAGUGUAAACGGUGUAGGAUAUCAUGGUGUAACCCGGAAUAAUGAGCUAGGAAUUGGCAAUGUAUGCAGUUGAAUCAAAGUGAUGUAAUACAAUAUGUAUGUGUAUAAUGAGGUAAAAAAUACAGUCAGACGUGUGUAUCAGUAAUAUAGUAUAGUGCCAAAGUCCAGAAACUGGAAUUAUACUUCUAUCUGAUUUUUUGGCUAAAAACAAGUUAGCAUUAUUAAUAUGUUAUUUAUAUGCCACUGAAUAUAUGUAAGAAGAUUUAUACCAAAGUAUUGCUGUUUGGUCUAUAGACUAGACCAUCUUGUGAUCCUCUUGUCUAGUGCUGGUUGGUUAAAUUCUGUGUAAUUCAAUUUUGAAUAUAUGACCUUGACUUGGAAACAUACACUAGUUCUAGGUACCUUGUCUGUAUUAAAGUAAAUUAGCAAAUCAGUGAAUAAAUCAAUUAAUAACCA